AUGUUGGUGGCUGCCACUUACAAAAUUGUCUUGGCAAACCACUUCCAACAUACUCUUCCAACAUUAGCAUUAACACUAACACUAUCACCAACUCCAUUAUCAUUACCAUUACCAUUACCAUUACCAACACUAACUCCAACUCCAACUCCAACUCCAACUCCAACUCUACAAAUCCUUCUCCCAAGAUACGAUAUUUGGAGAGAAGCUCAGUCAACAGACUAUCAUAAUAGCGCAUGCAGUCAAAUCGCCCUUUCCACAGGAACCCUUCUAAUAGAUGCUUCAACAAUCAUCGAUAUAGACAGAAAUUUAAUCAUAUACCCUACCCAGUCUUCUCAACAUUCUCAGUCAUCUUCUCUUCACCUCCCUAUUCAAACUCAUAUCCUACUAUACAAUGCUGCCUGCAUAGACGGCCAUCCCGUCCAAAUCAAACGCCCACCCGCUUAUCGCAAUACUCCAAAUAUCGUCGCCGCUUUCGACUCAGACUGGGCAGCUUGGACUGCUUCUUCUCAAGGAAAAUUCUCUCUCAGCAUUGUCCCUUACAUUUAUUCUAUUGCCAUCUCAACAACAAUAUGUCUCCUCCUAUCUAUCCUAGUCCUCUGCUUCCAAUGGUCCUCCCGUCCACCCCUCUUCAAACUAGCUCUAGUAGUCUCAACUGCUUACCUCAUUGCAAUCACUGCAGUCUCCAUGGCUAUCCUUUACAACCAAUACAAAACUUACGGAUACCAAAAUGCUGCCGCUCUCCGACGCUCACUAAGACAUCCUGCAAUGUACGGUCUCAACCUCGCCUUCAAUACCAUCCUCUAUCUUGCUCAAGUCCAAGCAACAAUGCUCCUCUUUUCUCGGAAAAAGGAAAAACGUAUUGUCUUUUGGAUAGGAGGCUCUCUCACAGUGGUAGGCCAAUCCAUAUGGGGGAUUUCUGUCUUCCACAAAAACAUUCUUGACUCGGCUCUCCCAGCAUUUGCCUAUCUCUUCCAAAUAGCCUUAGCUGUCCUCUUCCUUUGUUGCACUUGCUACUACGCAAUCACCCAUUACCAUUCCGUCCUUGGACCAGAUAUGCUGCCCAUAACUCUCUUUGCCAUUCUCACAUCCGCAGCCUCUCUCGUCCUCUUCAUUGUAGACCUUGCCAACGUUUGGGUCAUUGAAUGGUCUGAUGCCGUUUCUUGGGUCACUACCGCAGUCUCCAUCAUUGGUGUUUGGGAAUGGUUUGAACGGUCAGAUAAACUUGAACGUCAUCGAGAAAAAAAUGGAAUUCUCGGCCGUCAAAUCUUUGAAGAAGAUGCUCUUUUUGGUCCACACGAUUAUCAUUCCACAGACGAAGAAUACGAUGACCCAAAGCAUAAAAAAUCCACGGUAGUUAGAUUUUCAUCAACAAGCAACAACAACAAUUCUGGUGGUAGUUCUGGUAGCAGUAGUUCUGGUAAGAGGCUCAUUCUACACACUUUACAAAAAACAACUCCACAAUCUUCUCAAACAUCACACCAUUCGAACCUCACUUUAGCCUCCUCUUCUUCAUCUACUAACCAAAACAAAAGACUCUAUCAACGCACAUCUCAUACACACUCUCAACAAGGUAGACCCAGGAUAAUAGCUAGCCGUAUUCAAGAUGAAGAUGAAGAUGAAGGUAAUGAUGGUGACAAUGAUGAUGAUGAUGAUGUUGAUGUCGAUGACGAUAAUAAUGAUAAUGAUAAUAAUGAUAAUGAUAAUGAUAAUGACAACACAGACCCAAUGCUCCCUUCUGCACGUCGCCACAGCCACAGCCACAGCCACAGUCAUAAACGCAAUCACAGCCAAAAAAUAGCUACUCUCCGCAAAUACUAUCACCGCGUAGCUGUCGACCCUCUAAUUCACCUCUCUGACUUUCUCAUUAACCUCGGCCUUGCCUUUUCGCGUCCCAUCUCUGCUGUUUCUCACAUCUCAAGCUCAGGCUCAGGAUCAAAUAACCCUACUCCUUGUCCUAACCCCGGCACCACAGGGUCCACAGCCUCCAUGCAACGCACUGCAAAGCCCGCCACACUCACAAUGCCAACAAUGCCAACAAUGCCAACACUUCCCACAAUGUCCACAAUGCCCACAAUGCCCACAAUUCCCACAAUGCCAACGAUGCCUACAAUGCCAAUAAUGCCAACAACACGCAACAACAAAAUACCCCCACCUACCGUUCAAUCAUCACCAACCAAACAUACAACAAGCACUGCAGACACAGUACUUUACCAUUACGCAAAUAACAGAUUGCAUUUCUACACACGUAACGCACCAAAUACAACAUUUAGUAAACGGUGGUCGGCAGGUAACGGGCGCGGGCAGCCAACAGACCCUGCAGCAGCAACAAGUAGUGGAGUGGAUAAUGGCGGGACUGCGCCAGGAACACCAGCGCGUACAGCCAGUAGCACACCACAGAGUAGACGAGUAGUGGAUGGAUCAAUAGAGUCUGGAGCAGAAGUAGGAGCAGCAGGGAAUCAACAAGUUAAAGAGCGAGCUAAGUAUGUGCAUGUACGGCGGCAUGGGUUACGAGCGCAUGAGCAUAUUGUGAGUGAUGAGGGAGUAGAGGAAGAGGAAGAUGAUGUGGAUGACGUGGAUGAUGAUUAA